CCCCUCCCAGAGGGGCUGCCGCCCUGCCUGCUCUUGGUGCACAGCUCUUCUCUUUGUGGAUUGUUCCACUGCAUGUUCUCUUUCUGUCCCGCGUGUCAGACUCCUAGCUCUUCUCAAGAUGGCCAAAGGUCUAGAAUGCUGAUGAGCGCCGUCUUUGAGAGAGCAGCCCCCUCCUCCUACUGGUCUUUAUCAUCAGUGCCCACGAGCUGCACAUGUGGGUAGAGGUCAUGCAGGUGCUCAGGGAUGAAGACCCACCUCCGUUCCAGGCUCGCUCAUUCCCCAGGUGCCUGGGACAAGUGCCAUCAUCAGACAUGUGGCUCCACUGCGCAUCAGUGGGAGAGCCUGAAAUAGGCCGCUGUCUGCCUGUCACAGUCACCUGCCGGUGUGUUGCUCUGGUCAGUGAGAAGGUUGGAGGGGCUGAAGGGACCAAGCUUGACGAUGACUUCAAAGAGAUGGAGAAGAAGGUGGAUGUUACCAGCAAGGCUGUGACAGAAGUGUUGGCCAGAACCAUCGAGUACCUGCAGCCCAACCCAGCCUCUCGGGCCAAGCUGACGAUGCUCAACACGGUGUCUAAGAUCCGCGGGCAGGUGAAGAACCCCGGCUACCCGCAGUCGGAGGGCUUGCUGGGCGAGUGCAUGAUCCGCCACGGGAAGGAGCUGGGCGGCGAGUCCAACUUCGGCGAUGCCCUGCUGGAUGCUGGGGAGUCCAUGAAGCGCCUGGCUGAGGUGAAGGACUCCCUGGACAUAGAGGUCAAGCAGAACUUCAUUGACCCCCUCCAGAACCUGUGUGACAAGGACCUGAAGGAGAUCCAGCACCACCUGAAGAAGCUGGAGGGCCGCCGCUUGGACUUCGACUACAAGAAGAAGCGGCAGGGCAAGAUCCCCGACGAGGAGCUGCGUCAGGCCAUGGAGAAGUUCGAGGAGUCCAAGGAGGUGGCUGAGACCAGCAUGCACAACCUCCUGGAGACCGACAUCGAGCAGGUGAGUCAGCUCUCUGCCCUGGUGGAUGCCCAGCUGGACUACCACCGGCAGGCUGUGCAGAUCCUGGACGAGCUGGCUGACAAACUCAAGCGGAGGAUGAGGGAAGCCUCUUCACGCCCCAAGCGGGAGUACAAACCCAGGCCGCGGGAGCCCUUGGACCUCGGGGAGCCCGAGCAGUCCAACGGGGGCUUCCCUUGCACUGUGGCUCCCAAAAUCUCAGAUUCAUCAUCUUUCCGAUCUUCCAACAAGCCCGUCCGGACCCCCAGCAGCAGGAGCAUGCCGCCCCUGGACCAGCCCAGUUGCAAGGCCCUGUAUGACUUUGAGCCUGAGAACGAUGGGGAGCUGGGCUUCCACGAGGGCGACAUCAUCACGCUGACCAACCAGAUCGACGAGAACUGGUACGAGGGCAUGCUGCACGGCCAGUCCGGCUUCUUCCCCCUCAGCUACGUGCAGGUGCUGGUGCCGCUGCCCCAGUGACCACGCCUGAGCCACGCGUCGGCCCGCCCGCCUGCCCCUCCGUCCAGACCUCUGCAUGCCACCGGCCCCGCAGCGAGGGCAGUGCUCACAGCCUGCGGGCGGCCAGCUCCUGGGGCCGAGGGGAGGAGGCAGAGCCCAGAGGGACAGCAGGGGUCCCGUUUACACUAGCGCCACCCCCAGUGGUGGGGGGCUCCCUUCCCCACUCCAUGUGGCCCUCUUGAGGGCUGGGCAGUGUUCCUCCUUCCUGCUGCUCACCAGUUCUGCCCCGCCAGCCCAGCCCACUAAGGGCUCACACUAAGGUGCUCUUAGAAACACUAACUUCCUCCCGCCCCCUCUAGGGACUGGUAACUGCAGGUGGGCCCCUUCAACACUUGUGUGCAUGCGCGCGUGCAAACACACACACCCCCACGCCCUAUCCUCUCCCACCUCCCUCCUGCCACUUUGCUGGGAGACCUGCCCUCAACAGGAUAGGAUUGAACAUCUGUGUAACGGGGUGGUCUGAGUGGUCUGGGUCGCGGCUAAGAGACUCACCACCCUUCUCUUAAAUUCCCCCAGGACACUCCUUCACAGCUCCCUCCGGGGCUCCCCAAGCCCUGCAUACCUGCAGAUGCCACCUCCCUGGGAGGGCCUCACCUCUUCCCUCCAGCUGGGGGCUUGGGGAGAGAUGAGCCUGGGGUCCUCAGGUGCCGAGUCCCCUAAAGACAGGCCUUCUCCCCCGCACCACCUGGGUGGCCAUGCUUCCCUCCUGCAGGGCAGUGAGCCCCACACCCAUGCCCGCUGCACCACCCCCAGCCAAGCACAUGGAGUGUGUCUCUCUGGCACAAGCUGCCACCACCAGCACACACACACACACACGCCACACAUGGGACCACGGCAGUCCAGACUCCACUCUGCGGAAGGUCAAGCACAAAGACUUUGAUAAGUGAAUGUUCGCAGACCCCUGGCUACUGGGGCCCCCUUGGUUGGGGGUCACGGGCCCUUCCCUGUCUGAAGCCGGCCACCAUACCCUUUGGACAGUGGCCCAGACUGUCUCCUCCAGACCAAGGUAGGCAGCUGCCCAGACCAGCAGGGCCCCAGCCCUGCACUCACUUCCCCUCUUGCCUCAUCUAAAAGUUGGCUAAACAGGGGACCCUAGUUCACAUUCCCCUCCUCCGGUGACUCGGUAAAGUCCCCAACAUCACCAGGCCCUCCCCGCUUCUCUCCAAGGCCCCCUGGUCGCCAGUACUUGGAGGAGGAACAGACAUCACAGCCUAGGGCAGAUCAAAAUGUAAUCCUGAUUUUUUUUAAAAAGUAUUAAAUGUCUCUUUCUACA